CCCCCCCCCCCCGCACACAGCCCGGAGCUGAGGAAGUCAUCCAAGCCCCACCCCAGCUCUGCACAGGGAGCGGAAAUACUUGUCCUUGUUGGGGCUGAUGGGGAGACGAUAGAGCCAUGACGUCCUCCUUCCUGUGGGCCCAGAUCCUGAGCCCUCAGCAGCCACCCAAGGUCUCCCCACGUCCCAGGCUUCUGCAACUUGCUCACAACUGAAGAGCCAGCCUUCACAGGGGAGAAAUGGACAGCAGCUCAAGAGCCCCGGGAGCCCCUCUCCACAUCUGCCCCCUCCGGAGUCCUUGCGGUGCCUUUAACGCUUGAAGCACCUAGGAAUCCACGCAGCCCCAGACUAUGUGAUUCGCCUGUCCCCAGAACACAGGUAAGAAGGGGUUAGGGGCUAAAAACCCUUAUCACUGAGUGAAAGACUGGAUGGGGUACAACGACGGCCAGUUUAGGCCAUCCUGUCCAAGUGUGGGUCUCCCAGCUGGCAGGUCCAUGGCUGGCAGGUCUGUGCCCCCCGGACGCCAGGAGGAGGACACUACCAAAGACCCUGGGCUCAAACGAUCGCCGGUGAGGCCUCCAGGCCACCUGCCCAGUAUUGAUGAGGCGCGACUAGCAGGUCUGGGCCCGUCCUCCCGCCGUGGCUCUGUGCUGGGCCCAGCCUCAUCCUUCUCACGUCGCAACUCGCUGGCAGGACCAGGCGCAGGUCCGGGGGGUCGACGACCAUCUCUGGGCCCAGUGCCUCCUCUGGGCUCAAGGGUUAGCUUCUCGGGGUUGCCCCCAGCCCCCCUGCGUUGGGUGGCGCCCUCCUACCGCACAGAGCCUGCGCCAGGGGAGCGCUGGGAGGCCGCGCGCGUACAGCAAGCCCUGGAGGCGGCGCUGGCUGCUCGCCUGUGCCACGCUUGCUACUCGGGCGCUGAGGCCGGGCCGCUGGCUCGCGAGCUGUGCGAGCUGCUGCGUGUGCGCCUGCGCGAACUCUGUCCCCCGCGCUACAAGCUCGUGUGCAACGUGGUGCUCGGGCCGCGCGUUGGCCAGGGCGUGCACGUGGGCAGCCGCGCACUCUGGGACACCGAGCGCGACGGGCUGGCCUCUGCCGCCUUCACCAACGCCUCCCUCUUCGCCGUGGCUAUGGUCCACGGGCUCUACUGCGAGUGA